AAAAGACUUGAAGGAAGAGUGAAAGUGUCUGACUAUAACUUGGUUGUUUGGAUUUAAAGUUUGUUUGUGCAAGACUUGCUGAGAAGUAGGCAGAGAGAGGGAUCUCCCUUAGUGCAGAAUGAGAAGAUGGCAGGCCUGCUCCCUCCAACAGGCCCUGAUGCCUUCCGACGCUUCACUCCAGAGUCCCUGGCCAAGAUUGAGAAGCAGAUCAUUAAAGAGGAAGCUGAAAGGGAAAGGAAACCGCAUGUAGAGGCUGUGGACGAGGAAGAAGCCAAGCCGAGCAGCAACCUUGAGGCCGGCAAACCCCUGCCCUUUAUAUAUGGUGAUCCACCUCCCGAAAUCAUUGCAGAUCCAAUAGAGGACUUGGAUCCCUUUUACAGCGCAAAAAAAACUUUCAUAGUCAUUAGUAAAGGGAAAACAAUCUACAGGUUUAAUGCUGAGCCUGCCUGUUACAUGCUGAGCCCUUUCAAUCUGAUCCGGAGAACAGCCAUCAAAAUUCUUAUACAUUCAUUGUUUAGUUUGAUCAUCAUGGUAACCAUUUUAACAAACUGUGUGUUCAUGACAAUGAGCGACCCUCCCUCCUGGAGUAAAAAUGUAGAGUAUGUUUUUACAGGCAUUUAUACCUUUGAAGCACUGGUCAAGAUCUUAGCAAGAGGGUUCUGUAUUGGUAAAUUUACAUUCCUACAAGAUCCUUGGAACUGGCUUGAUUUCUGUGUUAUUAGUAUGGCGUAUCUCACUGAGUUUGUGGAUUUGGGUAAUAUUUCUGCUCUCAGGACUUUCCGUGUACUACGAGCACUUAAAACAAUCACUGUUAUUCCUGGUUUGAAAACCAUCGUGGGUGCUCUGAUUCAGUCAGUGAAGAAGCUUGCAGAUGUGAUGAUUCUCACUGUGUUCUGUCUCAGUGUUUUUGCUCUCAUUGGUCUUCAGUUGUUCAUGGGUAACCUACGACAAAAGUGUGUCAAAUGGCCCCCACCUAUCAACGAUACCUGGGUUGCCAACGGCUACCUUGGAGGAAACGAUUCCUUUGGAAAUUCAACUGCCGGUUACAAUAAUACAGAUAAUAGCACUGUUAGUGACUUUGACUGGAAUGAAUACAUCAACAAUAAAGAGAACUUCUAUUUUCUUGAGGGAUCUCUUGACGCACUUCUCUGUGGAAACAGCUCAGAUGCUGGAAAGUGUCCGGAAGGAUUUCUCUGCUUGAAGGCUGGAAGGAAUCCGAACUAUGGCUAUACCAGCUAUGAUAGUUUUGGCUGGGCUUUCCUGUCCUUGUUCCGUCUCAUGACUCAGGACUAUUGGGAGAACCUCUUUCAACUGACGCUACGUGCAGCUGGUAAAACCUACAUGAUAUUCUUUGUGGUGAUCAUCUUCAUGGGUUCAUUCUACCUCAUCAAUCUGAUCCUGGCUGUGGUUGCCAUGGCCUAUGCAGAGCAGAAUGAAGCCACACUAGCAGAGGCGCAGGAAAAAGAAGAGGAGUUUCAGCAGAUCUUAGAACAGCUGAAAAAGCAGGAGGCACAGAUGCAUGGUCCUGCAGAUGCACAUGACAGUCAAGAAUCACUUGCCAGUAAUAAAGUUAGGAAACAAGGUGGAGGUUCAGAGCAUGAAUUUGCUGACGAUGAACACAGCCUUGGAGACGAUGGAGACAAGAUCAAAGACUGCAAUGGAAGAGUCAUGCCAAGAAUUGUCAUUGACAGGGUCUCUACAGAUGAAGAAUCUUUUGCUGAAGAGGAAGGGAGCAAGAAGUCAGGAUCCCAACAGAAUACGGCCUAUUUAGAUGAGCCGGGUCUUCAAAAAAGAACAGCCAGUGCUUUAAGCGUCCUCACCAAUGCUUUGGAAGAGAUAGAAGAGGCUCAGCAGAAAUGCCCCCCCUGGUGGUACAAAUUUGCCAAUACAUUCCUGAUUUGGGAUUGCUGCCCUCUGUGGAUCAAAUUCAAGGGAUUGGUGAAGUUUGUGGUGCUGGACCCCUUUGUGGAUCUCGGUAUCACAAUCUGUAUUGUGCUCAACACUCUAUUCAUGGCUAUGGAACACUACCCCAUGAGUCUUGAUUUUGAGAACGUGCUCGUCGUGGGAAACCUGGUAUUUACUGGAAUCUUUGCUGCUGAAAUGGUGUUCAAACUCAUUGCCCUGGAUCCCUACUAUUACUUUCAGACUGGUUGGAACAUCUUUGACAGUAUCAUUGUCACUCUGAGCUUGGUAGAGUUGGGGCUUGCAAACGUUGAGGGUCUCUCAGUGCUGCGGUCAUUCCGUUUACUUCGUGUUUUCAAGCUUGCAAAAUCCUGGCCCACCCUGAACAUGCUCAUUAAGAUCAUUGGCAACUCUGUGGGGGCUCUGGGCAACCUGACCUUGGUAUUGGCGAUUAUCGUUUUCAUCUUCGCUGUGGUAGGAAUGCAGCUUUUUGGAAAAUCCUACAAAGAAUGUGUCUGCAAGAUCAGCCUAGAUUGUGAACUGCCUCGCUGGCACAUGCAUGAUUUUUUCCAUGCCUUCUUGAUUAUAUUCCGAGUCUUGUGCGGGGAGUGGAUUGAGACCAUGUGGGACUGCAUGGAGGCUGCAGGACUGGGAAUCUGCCUGGUAGUCUUCAUGAUGGUCAUGGUGAUUGGGAACUUGGUGGUCCUGAAUCUCUUUUUAGCCUUGCUGCUUAGCUCUUUCAGUGGUGACAACCUCGCCGGAGGUGACGAUGAUGGUGAAAUGAAUAACCUACAGAUUGCCAUUGGCAGGAUUACCAGGGGUAUUGACUUUGUGAAAAGCACAGCUCUAGGGCUCAUUCAGAGAAUGCUGGGCAGGAAACCAGAGGAGAAAGAGGACGAUCUGAAGAAUGAAAACUUUGUGCUCAACCACAUGGGCUCGGAAGAAGACCCCAAGUCAGAUUUUAAGUGCGUGGAUGCCGUGUCGGGGAAUGACACGCAGGUAGUGGAAGAAGUAGGCCCCACAGGAUUUCUGGUGAAUCCUGACUUGACCGUUAGCGUCCCAAUCGCUCCUGGAGAAUCUGAUUUUGAAAAUCAAGAUGAAGACGAUGUUAACUCAGACUAUGAGAUUGAAGAAACAAAACAACAGAAGAGCGGGGAUGGAGACUCUUGCAGCACAGUGGAUUACAAAACUCGUGAUGCUGAAAUGGAGCUAGUUAUGGAGGAGACCCCUGAGACUGAUCAACCAGAAGCAUGUUUCACAGAAGGCUGCAUCCAGCAAUGUCCGUGUCUGACUUUUGACAUCACACAAGGCAAAGGAAAAAUUUGGUGGACAUUAAGAAGGGCCUGCUUUACAAUUGUGGAGCACAACUGGUUUGAAACCUUCAUCGUCUUUAUGAUUUUGCUGAGUAGCGGUGCGCUGGCAUUUGAAGAUAUAUAUAUUGAACAGAGAAAGGUGAUAAAGACCUUGUUGGAAUAUGCAGAUAACGUGUUCACAUAUGUAUUUGUUAUUGAAAUGCUUUUAAAGUGGACUGCCUAUGGUUACAAGACAUACUUCACGAAUGCUUGGUGCUGGCUCGAUUUUCUCAUUGUGGAUGUUUCUUUGAUCAGUUUAGCAGCAAACUUUCUGGGAUAUUCUGAACUAGGACCCAUUAAAUCCCUACGGACACUGAGAGCUUUGAGACCCUUGAGAGCAUUGUCACGGUUUGAGGGGAUGAGGGUUGUGGUGAACGCCUUGCUUGGUGCCAUCCCAUCAAUCAUGAACGUCCUGCUGGUUUGUCUCAUCUUCUGGCUCAUCUUCAGUAUCAUGGGAGUCAACAUGUUUGCUGGGAAGUUCUUCAAAUGCGUUAAUGUCACUUCGGGAGAAAUGUUCGAUACCUCGGUGGUCAACAACAAGACUCAAUGUCUGGAGUUAAUAGAACAAAAUUUCACCGAAGUUCGCUGGAUGAACGUGAAGGUUAACUUUGACAAUGUGGGGAUGGGAUACCUUUCAUUACUGCAAGUGGCAACCUUCAAGGGCUGGAUGGACAUCAUGUAUGCUGCAGUUGACUCCAGGAGGAUUGAGGAACAACCAUCUUAUGAAAUCAACCUCUACAUGUACAUGUACUUUGUCAUUUUCAUCAUAUUUGGAGCCUUCUUUACUCUCAACCUCUUUAUUGGUGUCAUCAUUGACAACUUCAAUCAGCAAAAGAAAAAGUUUGGAGGGAAGGACAUCUUCAUGACAGAAGAGCAGAAGAAGUACUACAAUGCCAUGAAAAAGCUUGGCUCGAAGAAACCACAAAAGCCUAUUCCGAGACCACAGAAUAAAGUCCAAGGAGUGGUGUUUGAUUUCAUCUCCAAACAAGCGUUUGACAUCUUCAUCAUGGUCCUUAUUUGCCUCAACAUGGUGACCAUGAUGGUUGAAACGGAUGACCAGAGUAAAGAGAAAGAAGACGUCCUCUAUUAUAUCAACCUGGUCUUCAUUGUGGUUUUCACUGCAGAGUGUGUCCUCAAAAUGUUUGCGCUGAGGCAUUACUUUUUCACAAUGGGGUGGAAUAUUUUUGAUUUUGUUGUGGUCAUUCUUUCUAUUGUUGGUAUUAUGCUGGCAGACAUCAUAGAAAAGUACUUUGUCUCACCAACUCUUUUCAGAGUUAUCAGACUGGCAAGAAUUGGUCGCGUUUUACGUCUCAUUCGAGGGGCCAAGGGAAUCCGAACGCUGCUGUUCGCCUUGAUGAUGUCACUUCCUGCGUUGUUCAAUAUCGGGCUGCUUCUCUUCCUGGUUAUGUUCAUAUAUUCUAUAUUCGCAAUGUCGAACUUCGCUUACGUAAAACAUGAGUCAGGCAUCGAUGACAUAUUUAACUUUGAGACGUUUGGAAACAGUAUAAUCUGUUUGUUCCAAAUCACCACUUCAGCCGGCUGGGACGGUCUCCUCAACCCUAUCUUAAACAGCGGUCCUCCAGAUUGUGACCCCACUAUUGACCACCCUGGGUCCGAUGUAAAGGGGAACUGUGGCAAUCCGGGCAUGGGCAUGAUGUUCUUCACCAGCUAUAUCAUCGUUACCUUCCUGGUUGUUGUCAACAUGUACAUCGCCAUCAUCCUGGAAAACUUCAACGUGGCCACGGAGGAAAGCGGCGAUCCUCUUUGUGAGGACGACUUUGAGAUGUUUUACGAGACAUGGGAGAAAUUUGACCCCGACGCCACCCAGUUCAUUGAAUACAGCAAGCUCUCCGACUUCUGCGACACGCUCCUAGAUCCGCUCAAGAUACCAAAGCCGAACAAAAUCAAACUCAUAUGCAUGGACCUACCCAUGGUAACCGGGGACAAAAUUCACUGCCUGGAUAUCCUGUUUGCUCUAACUAAAGAGGUGCUCGGAGACUCAGGAGACAUGGAUGCUCUGAAGGAAUCCAUGGAGGAGAAAUUCAUGGCUGCCAACCCAUCCAAGGUCUCCUAUGAGCCUAUCACCACGACCCUUAAGAGAAAGCAUGAGGAACUUGCUGCAGUCAUCAUACAACGAGCCUACAGGAGGCACAUGCUAAAGCGUUCUGUGAAGCCAGUGUCUUACAUACAUCAGCAAAACAGCAAGGACGACAAAAAGGAGGAGGCUCCAGAAAAAGGGGGUUCGAUUGCAGAACAGAUGUGUGAAAACUAUGGGAAAACAGAGGCCAGUCUUCCUCACGUGGUAGUGGAGGUCACAGAUGAAGUCGUUCCACUUCAUGACCCACAAACCACUGCUUCCCCCACUACUUCAGGAGGAAGCAAACAGGAAUCUGUUGUAUAAUGUACAGAGCAGAAAUACCUUCCUCUUCAUGUAGUAUCUGUGUAGAAUGCCAUCCUGCUAAGACUGCUGGUUCCUCACAGCGUAGAACUCUGUGCCUGCAGUGCUAGUAAAUUAGUCUGGAAAAAACCCUGGAGCUCGCCACUUUACAAAAAACAUUAACUUGGGUAGGGCAUGUUGCACAUAGAACAAAAUCUUUUGGGGCACAGAGUAGAAUGUUAAGAUGCUUAAUUUGAGGCUGUAAGUGUGUAGUGUUUUUACGAGGGGGCAUAAGAGUACCAGGCUAUUAUGGAUUCCCCACUCCAAUUCACCAGACACCAUCAGCAUUGUGUGGCUGUAGAAUGCUCUUACUGUUUCUAAAACACUGUUUCUAGAGCUCCCCUAGACGUGGAAGAUCUCCAAAAGAGGGAGGUAUACUGGAAAGAGAAAGUAGUAUUAUAUAGAAAUUAUUUUAUAGUAAAUACAUUUAGAAAACUGUAUGUAUCUAGUAAUAGCUGUAUUUGUCUAUGUAAGCAAAGCAAUGCAUUUAAAGAAAUGUUUCUGUGUAAAGAGCAGGGACAUGCAUAACAUUUGGAUUUCAGGGUCAUUGUUGCAGUUAUAACAUUAAUUUGUGCAAAGUUAAUGUAUUCAUCAAAGAACCAUUGUUCACUAUUUCCGGAAACCAAGCUGACAAUGCACAAUUCACAUUAACAAUGCAACGAACAGGAACAUGGGUAGUUUGAUAGAAAUAUGCACUAAAUAUGCCUUAAUCAAACAUACAAUCCUUUAUCAAAAUUUAAGUUAAGUUACCCAAUUAGGUUACCAAACCAGAAAUAAACAGCUCAGACAUCAGACAGCAAUAAUGCUAAGGGCAAAUUUGGAGUAAAUAGCUUUGAGAAUGUAGCCCUGAAUGUUGUGUGGUAAAUGUACAUGCAGGACAGGGGAGAGGGGAGAGGGGGUGAGAACGAAAGAUCUUGUUACUAAGUGUAUUCAAUUAUUGAA